UCGAUGUUGCAUUUUUUGUGCUUUUUAUUUUAACUAAUUGAAUUGAAAAAUUCGAAGUUGGAUUAAGCAUUAUUUGGUGUCUUCGCUAAACAACUACCAUGCAGUAGUAACUGAGUAGUUGGUAAAUAUUUACCGUUUGCGUGCAUUUAUGAUGGUCAAAUUCACGACAUAAUCAUAAACAAGUUAAGUACCACAAUGCCGGUAACCAACCUGCCAAGGCGAUUCAAACCCGCUCCGAAAAUGCCAGUGCACAGUGUCGAUGUUCUGGGCGAAGACGGUCUGUUCCGCUAUGGACGCGUGGUGGAUGUGGCUGACAAUGGACUGUUCGUCGAUUUCUGUUGUGCAGGUCGUCGCCGUGAGCUUGUCCCUUUUGACAAGGUUUUCCUGACCACUUAUCGCCCUUUAAAUGGCAACGAACUGGCCAAAAUAUAUGCAGCGCCAGAGACAGUCCUCUCUGUAGAUGUCCGCUGGCGCCACAGCCUCGCCGAUCCCUGGAUUUGGUUUCCGGCUGAAUUGGUCAAUCUUACACGCGGUGUGCAGCACGUGACGUACGAUGCUGCAGUGGUUCGUUGGUGGAACACCGUCGCAUGCACGGAUAUUGUCCCGGUUGAGCGAAUUCGCCGGAGCGUCAUAUCUUCUGAUUCGUCGACGGGUGGAUUUUCGAAUGCAACGAAACGAGUUCCCGUGAGCCCACGGACCUUUGUCAAGGGCAGCGCGCCAUUACCGCCGCGUUAUAUCUCUCUUGCGCCAGCAGCGGCCGAAAACCUGGUCAAAGAACUGAAUUGUCUGAAACAUCUUUGGGCCGACCAAUUCCGGUCCGUGCUUGUCGUCGAAGUGAAAGAUGGACAGCUGUUCUAUUUAGAGCAGCGGUCUUCCGAAAAGGAGCGGGCUGCGGAGGGACCGUGUUUUGACGAUUGUUGGACACAUUUUGGAACGGAUUGCACCUUCGAUGCGGACGACAAAGAUAUGGAGGAAAGCGUGACGGAUGGACCGGGCACUUGGACAACGGAUGAGGGGGAUAUUGGUGCUUUGACGACAAACGUGUUGCUGGAGAUCUUCUCACAUCUGACUGCUAUAGUACAAAAUUCACUACGCAGGGUCUGUACAGCAUGGGACUAUAUCAUGGAUUUGAUCACUUGCAUUUCUAUGCGACCACACAAAUUUGACCAAGCGCACAGCUCUGUUCACCACGACUACUUUCUGACGGCGCCAAUCUUUAAGUGUCUGCGCGCGUCAACCAAGUUCAUCGUCGUGGACUGCCGCAAAUGGGAGAUGGGCGGAGACGUUUUCCUCAAGGUGUUCGAGAUGAUACACUACGUUGCGCAGCACCAUGGAAGCAUUUUUCUGAAUACAAUCGUUCUGGUGGGUCUCAAAGGCAGCAUGCUUGGCGUCAGUACGGCCUGCGACACCCAUCACACUGGUCAACGGCAGGAGGUUGAGCCAUCAUCGUUCCAUGCGGGGAAGGAAAAUGCACAGGCAGCUGGCCAUGUCUGUCUCCAUGAUUUCACGGUGGCCUGUCGGGAUCUUCCAUGCAACGCCCUCCUCUUCCUCGAUUGUGAAUUCCGUCUGCAAUUAUCAAGGGUCUAUACGGCGAUGUGGUUUUCCAUAGACCGCAGUUUCUCUGUGCCGUCUAUCGAAAGUAAAAUCUCCAGGGCGCGAAUGCAGCGGCGAAGAGACUACGAUUUGGGAUGCUGCAUUUGGGAUGCGCUGGAGGCUGGUUUGCCAGUGGCCACUGAGGAUCAAUUGCAGCGUCUGUCUCAGCGAUGUGCAGCGAUCCACGCCGGGCAGGUACCCGAACAUUAUAUCCAAUGGUUCUACUCGGUUCUGUGUGCAACGCAAUCAGGUGACCCACGACCAGGAUCACGCUGGUAUGAGAAGAAGUGGUGCGCUGACGGUCUGGCUGAUCUACGGUUGGGAAACUUAUCGCGCAUUGCGUUGCUUUCCUUGGUGAAGCUGGCGGGCUGUUUCUCGCCCGUGGUAUGAGUGAAAUAUUCAAUUUCAUCGAACGGAAAAUGAUGUAUUUGGACUGGAGAUACCUGCAAUCGUCACAAAUGCAACCCCGACUAAAUCACCAAGUACAAAGAGUUGCAAAUCCGAAUAGCUUCGCUCUAAUAAUGUCUUACUGUUAAAUUUAUGCGGUACGCUUUCUGUCUGCAUCCUGUUAAUUUUUUUUGUAACACUGGAUUUAUUUGUGGGUUUCUUCGAGCAUUCUUCGUCGAGGUUUGAUUUUCAGUUAGAAGUUUAAGCAGAAGUAACAUU